AGCGAGUGGCGUUUCGUAAGUGUGACGUGUAAUAUAAGGGCUCCAGACGCCGGGUUUUCCCUUCCCUUCCCUCCACCACCACGCCUCCACCACCACCACCACCACUCACCUCACGCAGACGCCGCCAUUAGAGCACUGCCCGAGCCGGCUAAGUGCUUUCCAGUGUCACUCGCACAGGAAGAACGUAAGUCUCACUCCCUGGACACCGGCGACACCCUCUUGACUAAAUCUUCAAGAACUUCCGUCCUCAAUACACAGCCAGACCGAUCCAGACGCCUCGAGGACACACCCACCCACAAACACCCACACCCACACCCACCCACACACACACACAAACACGCCCACUUAACCACUCCUCAUUCUUAUCUCACCCCUGCCUCCUCUCAUCUCCUCCCACUUACUUCCUUCCUCCUCUUCUACUCCCCCCCACCCGGUCGAGGAGCAAACCGAGGCAAGCUGGAGUUCGCGCGGUACCAGCUCUUCAAAUUCUGCUGGCACUGUGGCACUGAACUCACCACCGGCCAGCCAGGCACUUGUUCCUCGCCAGCAGAAGCCACCGACGCCUCAAGCCACAACUACCACCUCCACAACCACCAUCUCAGCCACCAGCUCGUCGACAUGAAGGCCGCAGAAGUGAGCAGGGAGAGAUUUGCCAUCAACAAGUCUUACAGCAUUGAGAAUGGCUACCCUGCCCGCCGGCGCUCCUUGGUGGACGAUGCCAAGUUCGAAUCCACCAUCAACAAGCAGCGGCAGCAGUCCUGGAUCGAGGAGGCCCAGCGACUGUCCCGCGACGGGGAGGUGAGCGAGGAGGAGGUGUUCCUAGUGCAGAGUCCUGGGGAGCCUGAUUCUCCGCUGACGGUGGCAAUGGUGGUGUCGCUGUUGGAUGGCAUCUCAGCCCUACCCCGCGUGAUUAAGACAAUUGAGAACUUCAAGGGCACGGUUGUACAUGUGGAGAGUCGCCCGUCGUCCCAGAAAGGGGUGUCCUUCGACGUGCUCUUUCGCGUGGACAUCAUGAGGGAACCUUUGUUGAGUCUCCUGAAAAGCCUUCGUCAGGGGGCCUCCAUCGCGUCUGUCAAACUCCUGUCCGAGCACCAGUCUUCCAUCAAGGAGCCGUGGUUCCCUAAACACAUCAGUGAGCUGGACAUGUGCAACCAUCUCAUGACCAAAUACGAGCCUGAUCUGGACAUGGACCAUCCGGGCUUCGCUGACCAGGAGUACCGCGCCAGGAGGAAGCAGAUCGCAGACAUUGCUUUCGCCUACACAUAUGGGGAGCCAAUCCCACGCGUGGAGUACCGGCAAGAGGAGAUAGAUACCUGGGGCGCUGUGUUCCGGGAGCUGGAUCGCCUGGUGCCUAGCCACGCCUGCCGCCAGUACCGUGAGGUUUGGGACGUCCUGAAGAGGGAGUGUGGUUACAGCCCUGACUCCAUCCCGCAGCUGGAGGACGUGUCACGCUUCAUGAGGAAGCGCACCGGGUUCAGUCUGAGACCCGCCGCUGGCCUGUUGACGCGAGACUUCCUGGCCUCGCUUGCCUUCAGGGUGUUCCAGUGCACGCAAUACAUCCGCCACCACUCGUCACCCCACCACUCCCCCGAGCCAGACGCCAUCCAUGAGCUGCUGGGUCACGCACCUCUUCUGGCCCAUCCCGCCUUCGCCCAGUUCUCUCAAGAGCUUGGUCUGGCCUCUCUGGGCGCUUCAGACGAGGAGAUAGAAAAGUUCGCCACGAUGUACUGGUUCACGGUGGAGUUUGGACUGUGCCGGGAGCAGGGAGAGAUACGGGCAUGGGGCGCAGGUCUUCUCAGCAGCUUCGGUGAACUCCAGCACUCUUUGUCCAAUAAGCCAGAGCAUCGCGAGUUUGAGCCUUCCCUGACCGCUGUGCAGCCUUACCAGGACCAGGACUACCAAGACGUGUACUUCGUGGCCGAGGGAGUGGAGGACGCAAUGGAAAAGUUCAGGCAGUGGACGUUCAAGACACUCUCGCGUCCCUACGAGGUGCACUACGAUCCCUUCAGCCAGACCGUGAUGGUGCUGGACUCCGUGCACAAGCUGGAGGGGCUGGCCGCCUGCCUGUCCUUAGAGGUGCUCAGACUCAAUAACGCCGUGGCGAAGAUGAAGUUUUGAAUACCACGACGAGGACUGAUUCAGGUGACGGCCAGCGUGAGGCGCCGCCAUGUAUGAGUAGAGGCUUGUUUGGGCUUACUAACCGCCCCUAACUAUAUCCAAAGGCUGCAUACUAACUCUAAUGCAAACUAACCAACCCUAAUAGUAUCCAGUCCUUUGACAUUAACAUUUACUGAACCUAACUUAUGAGCAAAGUGUCACAAGGAAGCUAAGGUUGUUUAAUCUCUAGUAGGUAUGCAUUUUCUUUUCUGAUGUUGCCUAGGGUGAUAUGUUCUUUGCGUUUUAUCCGUAGGGGUGGGGGGGUGUAGAAGUGGUAAUGAGGAUAGAUACAUGGAUGGAUUGGUACUUAACAUCACAAUUUCCUCAAUGGUGUAGUAUUCAAGGCUACUGCCCCUGGAGGCUUGGAAGUAAGGAUGAGGACUAAGUGUGUGUAAAUAAUUAGUUUUAUUAGUAGCAAAAAUUGAAAGCAGGAAAGCUGUUAGCGAUAGACCAAACAAUCGGUUUGGAUGUUGCCUAAGUAUGAAUUAUUUCCAUAUUUACGGCAGGAAUAGAUAUCCUUAUCUGGUUUAUUCAGCUAGUUAGGCGAACUAAUUCAUGUAGCAUGACUUUAGUGUUAAAUAUAAAAAGUUAUGGUGGGCCUAAAACUGCUGGCAUGCCAGUGUACAGGAAUCUUAAAAGAUACAGAGGUGCAGUGUAUGUUGAGCUUGUGCUUAUAGCCACCCUGCUGCAUAUCUGGCUGUGUGUGUGAGUGACAGGCAGUGAGUCAUCCUUAAUGACUAGUGCAGGAAGUACUGCACCUCACUUAGGCCUUCACUCUGGUGUGAAGUGUGCUGCUUCUUUAUGCUUUUGUUUCGUGAUGCUUUUCUCUCACCUCGAGUCAUGACAUGUUUGUCUUACUAGUCAUAAGUUAUUGAACAAUGAAAGUUAAUUAGAAUGUUGGAAUUAGCCAUUGCCAAUGCAUUUAGAGCAAACACUUGGAUCACCCACUAUAUUGGUAUGAAACUUUAUUUAUUUUUACUUUCAAAAGAAGGUAAUGCAAAUUUAUAGAAUUAUAUCACUAUAAUACUGUAUAAGCCCAUGAAAUGACAGGCAUAUCUUAGAAGAAUGUAAUAUAUAUAUAUAUACACACACACACACACACACACACACACACACACGCACACACACACACACUCACACACACACACACGUACAGUGGAACCUCAUGAUUUGAUUGCCUUUCAAUUCAAAUAAUUUCUGAUUCGAACACACAUUUAGUGAACAAAUUUUAUCUUCCAAUUCGAACUUGAUGCACGACUCGAACAUAAGGAAAUAGCUGCAGACAACGCUACUCUGUCAGUCAGAACUUAGUCACGCUUGCUCUCUCCUGCUGUGUACACCACUCUUUGUUGUUCUGAUGAUGAAUGAUGAGGUCCAAGAAAUGUGUGGCAAGUUGGGUCCACUGCAGAUGUGAUUGAUACUGUAAUUGAUGUUUUUCCCAUUUUUUUUCUUUUUUAUGGAGAUCUGUAUGUUUCUUUACUAAUUGGAUUGUAUUACGUUAUUUUGAACUUAUGUACGUAUCAUGUUACUACCUAUGUUUGCUUUUUUAUUAAAAGUUAAUCAAUGAAUGUGAUGGUUUGGCAAGCAGCAGUUUUCUUUGGGUUGGUACUGAAAAAUAACAUCCAUAGAUGCGUAAUAAAGUUGUUGUGUUUAAUGACAACCACUGAGCCGAAAGUAAGUGAUCAAGUCAAUGGAUUCUUAUAUGUGUUAGUAUGUAAUUUUCUUUUUGUUCUAUAAAAAUUGCCCAGGAUUUUUUAAUGAAGGAACAUGUGUAAUAAUGAUAUUAGCUGUAAGAAAAACUAAUAUAUGAAAGAUUUCAGGGUAUUUUUCAUAUAUAGUUAUUUGUGAGUAUCCUAGGCUCAUAAGGAUUUAUUUAUUUAUUUAUAAGACUUUGAGGUAGUGUAUUAUACUGUAUUACAUGUGUUGUCAUUAAGUCCAGCACAUAGUUAUUCUUUCACAUACAUUUUCUUUGUCUAAAAUAUGAUUUGUUGCAACUUUUCCUAGAGAAAAAAAUCACAGUAAGGAAUGUGCAAGGAUGUGGUUUGAGUCUUACAAGGUGGGAUGAGGAUAUGCUGGAUUUAUUUUGAUCUUUGUUGUUCAUUCCUUUCCUGAAACAUUUUCCUGAAACAUAGCUUUUACAUUUGAAGGGUUUGCUUUCAUUUUCCAGAUGUGUGGAGUACCAGGUGCAAAAUUGUACGUUGGCUUCUUGUAUAGUUGCUCAUUCCUUUCUUUAACUAUUUCUUACGAUGCAACUGUGUGUUUUUAAAUGUUUUCUUCAAGUUUUCGGGUAUGUGUAGAGUAUGUGAAUCAUAGUUAGCUUCUAUAAUGUGAGAGUCUUUAGUUAGGGAAAAUAUGCAUUCAGAGUAUAUACAGUAGAUGCAUAUGUUGUUUCCCUGUGUGUUAAUAACAAAGAAGAAUAAGCAAAAAAAAUGUACAUUUACAUAUCAAGAAAUAUUUAUGUGAAGUAAAAGAAAGAUGCUUUAUGUAUGUAGUGUAGUAUAAUAGGGAUAAAUUGAAGUGAAAUGUAAUUAAUUAGCCUAGCAUUAUAAAUUGAAAAAUAAGGAAAUAGUAUAAUAGCCACAUAUUGAGAAAUUUAGUAUUAGCUAAGACAGUUGGUAGUGGGAGCAAAUGAGACUUUUUUUUGCAUGUCAGGAAGACUGAUAAGAGGCAUUUAAUUAAGUUAAAGCCUGCUUACUGUCUUUCUCCCAAUGAGAAAUGAGAAGAGACAAAAGAUUAAAAUGCAAGGGGCUCAGAAGGAAAGUUGUGACUGACGAAAGGAGGAAAAAAAUGGAUUCAAAUCUGGGAAAUGGAACUAGAAUAAAACAAAAAAUCAUAUUAAAGAGGAGGAAUUAAUGAGUAAGGAAUGGAUGCUUAAGAGAAGGAAAUAUUAGGAUGUAGAAAGAGGGAAUGACUAAUUGGAAAAAGAAGAGGAAUAUGUGAGGUAUGAGAAGUAAAAGAUAGGAGAAAAGAAUAAGGAACUACAAUGAAGCUGAGCGUGCAUGUCUUGAUUCCAAUGCACUGUAUCAUUGAAGAACAUCAUUGGUAAAGAAAAGAAGAGCUAAUGGUUUGUUCAGUUUCCUGCUCUCUUGGUGACCUCCCCUAGUCAAGGCUGGCAUGUGGGGGUGGUCAUCAGGAGUGAGGCUUAAUCACAUCAGAAUCAGUAUCCAGUAAUAUAUAACUAAGCUUGUCUUCAUCCAUAGAAAUGUAGGUGUCUUGAUGAUAACUGGCUAAAUGAAUGUGUGAUUGAUGUUUAGUGUUUUGUAUCCAUUUGAAUCUAAUUUUUCUAUGAUCAUUGAGGAAUUUGAGUUUGCUAUAAAUCAUAAAAGGGGAAAAAUUAUGGUUUAAGUUUUCUUUAUUCAAUGUUAAGGUUUAGAUUCUUUAUUACAUUAUUCAGUGGUCUAGUUCUUGAUUCUCAGUGAAUUAUGUUUUAUUAAGCUGAAUACAGCCAAGCAGACAUUGACACACAACAUUUCCAUUGUAAAGCUACUGUUUUUCGUAAAUUGUUUCUCUGACAGAUUAAGCAAAAAGAUUUUUGUGAAAGGAAAUUUGUUAAGUGUUUUAGAACUGCUAUGUAGUGAAGGUUAGUGAAUAUCUUUUGUAAUGGAUGGAGAAUUACAAGUUGGCAGCCAUCAGUGUUACUACUAGCAUAUUUUGGGUAGCAAGUGAUCAUCAUUGAUUCAAAGGUAUAUUAACCAGUGUUUUGAGUCUUAUUAUCUAUCCAGCAUUGACUCUCCUUGGGGAUGUUUUCACUGAAUUUGCAUUAAAUGUUAUAAACACGAUCCAUUCAACAGAUUUGGUGUGUGACUUGAAAUUUGCUUCAUCCUAACUUAAAGAUUAGACUACAGUACUUGAUCCUCUCGUCUUGUGCUGUGUAAAAGAGUAAAGCUGGAGAUGGGGCCACACAAAUGAAAAGCCCAGGCCCUGUAAAACUACAACUAGGUAAAUACACACACACACACACACACACACACACACACACACACACACACACACACACACACACACACACACACACACACACACACACACACACACACUUUACUUUACUUUCUCAUUUUAUAAACUCUACAUAGAAUGUAUAUAAAGACAAAAACUAAUAGUGUUUAUUUAAUGUUUUUUUUUAAGUGGAUCAAGCUAUAUGGUGCAUAUAAAAGUUGCAGAUAUCAUUACUGUUAUUAUUAUUAUUAUUAUUUUGUUAUAUUAUUAUUAUUAUUAUUAUUAUUAUUAUUAUUAUUAUUAUUAUUAUUAUUAUUAUUAUUGUUGUUUAUUCAUUAAUUUUGAGAAGCAUAAUCAGUUUGUAGAUGUGAAGAAGCAGAUGGGGUGGCUAUACAAGUUAACCAAUGAGGUGUGCAGGAUUGGCAAUGACCACAGACUCUUUAUAGAUAACUUUGACAUUAAUGCAGCCACCACAGAAGCAAUUUACCACUUGUACUUGGUGCACAUGUAGGUGUGGAUGCAUCUCAACCAGUAGGGUUGAAAUGUGUGGAUAGGGUGAAAGGUGAGAUAGAGACAUAAAUGUUAAUGUCCUUUAGCUUCAAGUCAUGAUGUCAAUGUGUUAGAUUUGCUCCUUUCCAAGUUCAUUGUUUAUUUAAAUUUUUUGUUUUGUUUUUUAAACUUCCUUGCAGCUGUUGUCUGAGCCCCUAGGAAAUAUAUUAUUAUUGAUUGCAAGUGUGUAGUUGUACCUGAUUCUAGUAUCGAAUAAUUAUUUUUGGAAACAUAUAUGUGUAGGACCAAUUAUUCUGUAUAUUCUUACAAUUAUCUUGCAGAAUAUAUAUAUAUAUAUAUAUAUAUAUAUAUAUAUAUAUAUAUAUAUAUAUAUAUAUAUAUAUAUAUAUAUAUAUUAAACUGCAGCAGCUAUGGUUGUGUAUGUAUCAUUAUGUAGCCAUUGUUUUAUUAGCACAGAAAAUAUAUUGCUUAUUGGUGGCUGUACAUAUUUUUGGAAACAACUGUCUUCAGUGUUGUUUGUUGGCUUAUCACUGGCCAAGCGUUAAGCAUUGGAUACAUGUAGCAGGAAAUAUUAUAGUUUCUCUUGAGAGACUUUGAAAUGCUGUUUCAGUACCCUCUGAGCCAUUUCCCUUGAGCUGAGUUUGGUCAGGUUUAUGUCUAUGAUGAUACUACAAUAAAUGUUCUGACCAAUCUGA